UGUUUUUAUUUAAACUGUUUCUAAGCUUUACAGCCGCAGGAGCAGUUUUUCCACUCCGGAAAGAGAUUUCAGCUUUUUCUACAGACUCACUGCCUUAUUUAUCCUUUAUACUGUUUAAUAAUCUCUAUAUUUCUUUAAAUUAUUCUGUAAUUGUUGUGUUUUCUGUGCUAUUGUUGUUUUGUUUGUUUUUUGUUGUGUUUUUUCUUUUCAGGUAAAUUAACCGGAUCCUGUGAGGACCGAUAUGGACUGGCGCUGGACUUUUAGCGUCCAUCCACCUGAGGCGGAGUCUGGUGCUCCAGAGGCUUCACCUCCUCGUACUCCGCCUCUUUCUGUGGAUUCUGCGAUGGACCUCAGCUCAGAUGACUGCAGCGUUCUGUCCGCCGGUCUUCUGUCGCUGGGUCAAGUGCCACCCUCCUGGGUGAAACUGAAGGCCCGUAUUCAGGAGGUGGACCUCAUCUCAGAUGACACCAGUCUACAGUCGCUGGGUGAAGUGCCACGCUCCAGGGUGGAGUGCAUAGAAGCUUCCCUGCUCACCUCCCACCCAGAGCCUUCACCGCCUUCACCCUCCCCUGCAAGGCAUCGCAUCCCUCACCUGCAGGUGGUUUCUGAUCCGGAGAUCAGCCCACAGAACUUUGACGUUCUUCUGCCGUUUUGCUGCCAGGAAGCUCCGGUGGCAGACCUGCCCACCCCCACCACCACCUACCUGGAGACAUCCCAGCAGGACGACACCGGACUGCCCUCACCGACCAACAACACCUGGGGCAGGUUUCGUAAGUGCCUCGCUAACAUCUUUAGCAGCAUGUCUAGCUGUUUCAGGUCACGUGACCGGGUCGUGGUGCUGAUCGGCGAGGCGGACAAACUUCACUGGCUGGACAUCGACAUCCCAAAGCCUGAUUCUGAGCCAGUGCCUGCUGCCAAGAGAGGAUGGCUUCUGCGCGUCCUGCGUCGCUUCAGGAGGGCGUCUAGGAGGGGGUGAAAAGGCUGCCCAUACAGCUUCUGAGAGCAUACAUACACUUCAUACAUACAUACAUACAAAGGUAGAGAGGUGGCAGGCAUAUGUUAGACUAGUGGACUUAAGUGUUAGGAGUUUGGGGCAAAGUUCAGAGGCAAUGUGUUGAGGUCAUGAUAUAGCUGACAGGUCUAGUUAGUAGUUGUGUAUUCAGAGGGAUGAGGUUAGUUGGGGAAGGGCCCAGUGUGUAGACAUAAACUGCCUGGGGCACAUGAUGUUGGGAUAGAGGUAGAGUUGGGUGUAGUGAGCUUGGAGGGGAGUGAGUCUGGGACGCCAGACUUCACUGCUGAGCCUUCCGGAGGGGUUGUAGGCUUAAUUCAGAGAAACUCUGAUGAAGGGAGGUGCCUACCUGAUUCCCCCUAUGGAGAGCUUGCUGCAUAAAGGGUGAUUAGUGUAUGAUGGGUAAACAUUAGAUGUUUAAUGAAUAUUACUGAUCUGACCAUAAACAACCAAAGUAACUUAGCUGAAGAUAGAUAG